UUGGUUGGACGCUGUUGUAUCAGGAAGUGUCAAACAUCCAAUGACAAGCGGAUUCUUGUUGCCACUGCGCUGAUCCACCGAAAUGUGGUUUAUCGAGCAGAAAAGUGAGUUAACUUUUGCAGAUUUUGUACAUUCAAAAUAGACUAUUAUUCACAAUGAAUUAUUCACGGACUAUGAAGUGAGAACUGUAUUGGUAGGUGAGGGUAAGCACAUAGCUGCCUAGAAGUUAGCAGCCUACUCUUCCCUUCUCCAGGACAAAUUGAGCGCACAAGGUGCCUCUGUUCUCGACCUCACUCUCUCCCGGACCUGACAGUUUGAAUAACUCGGUCGGAUUGACAUUUGCUACUGGCAGUAAAAUGGACUGGCUGUACCCACGAUUUCACAAGGAGUCCCUAGCUCAAACUCUCUGUCGUUUGGGAUUGUUCGUGAUCUGUAUGGGAAUGGUGUUGACCAUGUCCAUGUAUCCCAUGCUGAGGGCCCUGUGUGUCCAGCUCCAUUCUACCUUCAUGGGGAGCUACGUACCUGGACACCACUCUGUCCUCCUCAUCAACUGCCCCAAUGAACAGGCAGCCAAGGACAUAGGCAGAGCCCUUAUGGAGAGGAGGAUGGCAGCAUGCAUCAAUAUUCUGCCCAGGACUUCUACGAUGUAUUACUGGAAAGGAGAGAUUCAAGAUGCGACGGAAAUUCUGAUGUUUGUGAAGACGAGGACCUCGCAGAUCCAGAGGGUCACAGACUUUGUCAAGUCUGUCCAUCCCUAUGAGACUCCAGAGGUGCUGAGUUUUCCAGUUGAGGACGGGAGCCUGCCAUAUAUGAAAUGGAUGGACGAGGCCGUUCCUGACGACUGACGAAUCAGGGAGCAUAAUUUCCCCAAUGGUCUGUGAUCUUAUUGGAUGUGAAUCUCCAAUCGGUUAAUUAACAGGAGAGUUAGGCCACAGGGAUUGGCUGGGAACCAGGAAGCUUUGGAUUCGAUCGAGGGCUCUAAAGUUUAACUCAUGCUUUUGAACUCUCAAUCCACAGAUGAUAACUGUUUAGCUCCCACCAGAGGGGUAUACAGUGCCUUGCAAAAGUUUUCAUCCCCCUUAGCGUUUUUCCUAUUUUGUUGCAUUACAACCUGUAAUUUAAACUGAUUUUUAUUUGGAUUUCAU